CAGCCCUACACCUCCUCUACUUCAAGGAAACAGCAGUCCUUGGAUCCUCCAUCUCUUUCUUUAAAAAAGAUACCUUUUUUUCACUUUCUCUCACUAAAGCAUUUAUGUUUUCAAUGUAAACUUUCCCAUUUCUUCAAGUGUUUCUGAUUCUAUGCAAAACUCUUUUUGGGGUGUUACUGAACUCUUUAGAACCCAAAUGUCAAAAUCUUUUACUUCUGUGAGAUUUCAAGAAAGAUGUCGUUUUUCAUUUCAUGACAAUGUCGUUUCACUGUUGAAGAUUUGCCUUUUUUGAGGGGGGGGGGUUUAACGAUGAAGUCUUCAACUCAGCUUGACUCGGUUGUGUUCCAACUCACACCAACUCGAACCAGGUUUGAAUUGGUGAUUUCUGCCAAUGGAAAGACAGAGAAAGUGGCUUCUGGUUUGCUUAAUCCAUAUCUUGCCCAUUUGAAGACUGCUCAAGAGCAGAUGUCCAAAGGGGGCUAUUCGAUUAUCCUUCAACCGGACCCCGGUAUCAGUGCGACUUGGUUCACAAAAGGAACCAUAGAAAGGUUUGUUCGAUUUGUGAAUACUCCGGAGAUAUUGGAACGAGUGUACACUGUCGAGUCAGAGAUUUUGCAGAUUGAAGAGGCCAUUGCAAUUCAAAGCAACAACAAUAUAGGGUUGAGUACCAGCGUGGAAGAACACAGCGUAAAACCUUCGGAAAGCAUAGAAGGCAAAAGGGCUACACCGGAUUCCUACGAGGAGAAAGCCAUCAUCCUUUAUGCACCUGAUGCACGACCACCUGAAGCGAAUGGGUCUGCUGUACAGGAAGGAAAUCCAAAAUUGCAACUUUUGAAAGUCCUCGAGACAAGGAAGACAGUGCUGCAGAAAGAGCAAGGCAUGGCCUUUGCACGUGCUGUAGCUGCUGGUUUUAACAUUGAUGACAUGGCACCUUUGAUGUCGUUUUCUGAAAGGUUUGGAGCGUCUCGUUUGAGGGAUGCUUGUGUAAAGUUCACUGAAUUAUGGAAAAGAAAACAUGAAGACGGGCAGUGGCUUGAAAUUGAAGCAACUGAAGCAAUGGCUGGUCGAUCUGAUUUCUCUGCUAUGAAAGAGCUCAAGGGAGCAUGGCCAGGAAUUUCAGAAGACAAUGGAAAAACUGUUGUUGAGUCGAGCACAGAUGAGAAGCCUCCCAUGGAUCAACAGACCCCUGCUUGGCAAGAAUAUUCCCAGGCCCGUUUUCCGCAUCCCAUGUUUCCUCCCUGGCCUAUCCAAUCUCCACCGAGCGGUAUGCCAACCUUUCAAGGAUAUGCCAUGCAAGGCAUGUCCUACCCACACUAUCCCGCUUGUAGUCCAUUCUUUCAGCAACCUUAUCCAUCAAUGGAGGAUCCAAAACUCGAUGAUGGUCGAAGAGUACAGAGAGGACAUUCGAUGGGUAGCCAGAAUGGAUCGGAUGCUUGGAAGCUGGAGAGAGCAAAACCUCAAGAUGAUAGGGAACUGGAGAAUGAAACUUCCCUGAGCCCGAAAUCAAGAAAGAAGAGUAGCAGGUCAAGUAAAAAGCAGUCCGGAAUGGUGGUCAUUCAGAACAUUAAUUAUAUCACUCCAAAGAAGCGCAACUCUUCGGAUAGUGAUUCACAGUCACAUUCCGGCUCUGAAAUGAACGAGGAAGAUGGAGAUUCGGCGCAAAAGAACUCUCUAAGAUCCUCAAAGAGGAAAGGGAAUCGAAUGAAGCCUGUUGAUUUAUUGAAUUCAUUCGAUAAGGAAGAAACCGUUUCCGGGAAGGAGACACAUGGUGGACAAUGGCAAGCAUUUCAAAACUAUUUACUUAGAGGUGCUGAAGAGGAAGAACGUAAAAUGGACAAAGGCGUUUUUUCAGCAGGAAAGGAGGUUCAAGGAAAAAGAAGACUGAAUAGAGCCGGUGAAGACCAUUUAGCUUCUGGUGGACGAGAAACGGGACAAUACAAAGAAAGGAAUACAACUGACAUGCAUGCAAGUGGAGGUCGCAUGCUUAAAGCACCAUCAAAUGAUCAUUCUUUGAUUUCGAAAAAUGGUGAUCAUUCGGUUGAUGGCAGGAUUCUCAUUGAUGGUUUACAUUAUAUGGAAGUAGAUGGCAGGAGGGUAUAUAGGAGUUCCAUGAAUGAUGACUUUAUAGUAGAUAAACAAAAGAAUCAGUCAGAUUUUACGAAUUCUCAGUUAGAUCCGUUGGCUGUUAAUGGGUUCGAACGUUCAUCGAAGAAGACAGAUGACUCCUACAUAGUUCCUUUCAGGUCAACCUCAAUCACACAAGUUGGAACUGAUGAUCAGAAUGCUAUCAAUAUGGAUUCUGAGUUCUCGUUGUCACUUCGGAAAGCUGGAACUACAUCUAACAGGGUCGGAAGUCAUGUCAAUUACAAAACAAAUGAUUUAACUUUGAUGCCUCAGCGAGGAACAGAAAUGGGGUCGAUUGGUUAUGAUCCUGCUUUGGACUAUGAAAUGCAGGCUCAUGCUGAAAACGGCACUUCAUUGGAUAAGAAAAAUAAAGAGGGCAUGAAGGGGUCUAAAAAGUUGGACAUCCGGAAACCGAAACUUAUUGCUGAUCCUCUGGAUAAAAAGAAGACCGUAGAGCCGAUGAGGAAAGAAAAGCCUUCAAAAAAGAGUCCUUUAGAUGAAGCGAAAGCCCGGGCUGAAAGGCUAAGAAACUAUAAGGCUGAUCUUCAGAAAAUGAAGAAGGAGAAAGAAGAGGCGGAGAUCAGACGACUCGAAGCAUUGAAGAUGGAAAGACAAAAGAGAAUUGCUGCUAGAAGCAGUUCCUCUGGUCCGGCUCAGUCGUCUAUGGCCGCACAAAGCAGGAAACAAUUCCCGUUGAAACUUUCCCCGAGCUCUCUUAAGGGAUCAAAGUUUACCGAUGCUGAGCCUGGAUUGUCGUCACCACUACAAAGAUCCAUCCGGACACCACCUGUGGGAUCACCUGCUUCUCUUAAAACCCCCAAACCGAGCAAAUUGAGAACCGACUCCAGUGCAAAUAGAGUAAGCAAGUCAGGUCCAUCACUGCCUGUACUGAAGAAAGACAUAAGCAGUGUAGCACCAGAUGCAAAGGCAUCUAUGGCGAGGAUUGGGAGAUUAUUAGAGCCGAAAAUAAAUGGCAGUGCACGUGUUCCUUCAGUGAAGUCGCGGAGCUCGGAGCCAUCGUCCAAAACAAAAGUAUUUCGAGGGCCUGAAAGCAGAAAAAUAUCAGCAAUCGUGAACUAUGAUAACAGUAAGAUUGCAUCCCUUCCAGAGCUCAAAAUUAAGACAACUAAAGCCCCCGAUAUUACCCACAGCAAGUCCAGGGGAAAUGAAAUGACUCAGAAGGUAAAUGGAAGUAUUUCUUCUACCACCAAUGUUACUGAACUGAAUAUAAAACCAGAAAAAGUUUCAUACGACGCCAACAGAGAUGAUGGCACAGUGAUUGAGAAAACCAUUGUGAUGCUCGAACGUGAGAAGCCCUCUGUUCCCACAGUAAACUCAUCAGAAGGAACUGCAACAGUACAGAAGGGAGAUGAUGGCUUUAAUAAAAUAGGGAGGAAAGCCGAGAAGAUGGUUCCGGAUUAUGCUGCCCCUCGUGCUCCGGUUUCUUCUGUUGACACACUUGAUAAAGAACACUGGAUGCAACAAGGAUCACAAGCUUACGAGGUUCAAAAAGUUAAUGUGAGCAACACCAAGAAGGAAUUACAGAAAGUUAAAAGUUCCAGUGUUACCAGAAAACCUUACGAAACCCCAUUUGCUCGGGUCUCUUCUUCGGAAUCUACACAAAGUGAAGUUCCAGAGAACAGUAGAGCAUCUCCAACAAGAUUGCAGGCUACAGUGACACAGCCAGAGUGUGUUAGAGCUCGUGUAGCUGAUUCUAAGAACUUAAAACUAGAAAAGAUUCCUGAAGUCUUGGAUAAGCCUCAGUUAAAGGAGUCAUCCAAAGGGUUUCGGCGGCUGUUAAAGUUUGGAAGAAAGAAUCAUAGCUCAGCGACAAGCAAACCUUGUAUCAACUCAGAUGGUGUCCAUGUUAACGGUUCUCUGGCUGAUGAGUUGGUUGCGAACCCCGCCUCAUCUAGUAAAGUUUGUACAUUGAAGAAUCUGCUCUCUCAGGGUGAAAAUCCUAUAGCCAGCAGCAGUACUCCGAAAAAGUCUGCGCGGUCGUUUUCCCUAUUGUCACCAUUCAAAAGCAAGACCAGUGAGAAGUUGACAGCUUAAAGAUGAAGUGUUUCAGUUGUCUCCAUUUAAAUGGAUUCUUUUUUAAUUUACACUGAAAAAAGGUUCUUUCGGUAGCCGGAUUCAUCAAUUUAUGUUAAACCAAACAAGUUCGGAGAGACAUUGCCGAAUGACUUUAUAUACUUCCUUUCUGGCUGUAGCCAUUGAUUCA